UCUGUACUUGUUUCUUUAUUCCACUCUUUCUCUGUUGAAAUGGCUGAAGUUUUAAAAGAAAGGCAAUGUGAAACUCCUGGAUGUGAAAAUCCUGCUAAACUACGAUGCCCUACUUGUAUUAAAUUAGGAAUUGAAGGCUCAUUUUUCUGUUCACAGGAUUGUUUUAAAGGGAACUGGAAUGAACACAAACAAAUUCAUAAAAAAGCAAAGGUGAUAAAAAAACCAUACAAUCCAUGGCCUGAUUAUACAUUUAGUGGGAAACUUAGACCAUAUCCUGUUACCCCAAAAAGGGAAGUACCCGAUACAAUACGACGUCCUGAUUAUGCAGAUCACCCUCAAGGUAUCUCAUUAUGCGAAACUACUCUCAAGGGAACAACAAGCAUUAAGAUUUUAGAUAAAGAAGAAAUAGAAGGCGUAAAACUAGCAUCAAAAUUGGCCCGGGAAGUAUUAGACACUGUAGCAAAUGCUGUAGCUGUUGGAGUGACAACAGAUGAACUUGAUCGCAUUGUGCAUGAAGCUUGCAUAGAUCGAGAUUGUUAUCCUUCACCCUUGAAUUAUUAUUGUUUUCCUAAAUCUUGCUGCACAUCUGUGAAUGAAGUUAUCUGCCAUGGGAUACCAGAUUUGAGACCAUUGGAAGAUGGAGACUUAUUAAAUAUUGACAUUACAGUCUACCAUCGUGGAUUUCAUGGUGAUUUGAAUGAAACAUUUUUGGUGGGAAAUGUUGAUGAAGCUGGCAAAAAGUUAGUUCGUGUAACGUAUGAAUCUCUAAUGAAAGCUAUUGAGAUAGUUAAACCUGGUGAGAAGUAUAGAGAAAUUGGAAAUGUGAUACAGAAAUAUGUUCAAGCUCAUGGAUUUUCUGUUGUCAGAAGUUAUUGUGGGCACGGAAUCCAUAGGUUAUUUCACACUACACCAAGUGUUCCACAUUAUGCCAAAAAUAAAGCAAUAGGAGUAAUGAAGCCUGGACAUUGCUUUACAAUAGAGCCUAUGAUUUCUGAAGGCACAUGGGUGGAUGAAAUGUGGCCAGAUGAGUGGACAGCUGUAACUCGAGAUGGCCAGAGAUCAGCACAAUUCGAACAGACGCUACUUGUCACAGAAACAGGUUGUGAGAUCCUGACACGGCGUAGAGAUCGAAAUGGACAACCCUAUUUUAUGGAUAACUUGUAAUAAAUUGAAUUGUAAUAUUGAACAAGAAACGUUUAUUACUUUUGAAAGAUAUUAAUGAAGUGAUUUUAAGUGCUCUAGAUUUUGCUUUCAUAUGAUCAA